CAAAAAGAACAAAAGAAACCAAACAAGAAACUAAGUCACGCAAACAGAGUUUUUUUCUUCUUUCUUUUCAAUUUUAGCUUAUUUUUCUUAAUAAGCCAACACACUUUGCGUGGAGUGUAAUAACAUUUAAAUGAGGAAACUAAGAGACAGAGAGAGAUUGGUCCUGAAAAGUCUCUGUUCCUAAUUUGUCUGUUUGGCAGAACAAAGUUUCAAUACUUCAUAAAAUCUACGAAUUCCUCAUUUGAUUAGAUCCAAAUCUCUUUCUCUCUAAGAGAAAAUUGAGAUGUCAUCAAUAACUUCUGGUACAGCUCCAACCACCAAAUCUGCUGUUUGUUUCAGAAAAAUCCCAAAGUCUGCAACUUUUUCAUCUAUGCUUUAUCGUUCUUCUUCUUCUUCUUCUUCCCGGUUAAUGUUAUCAUCAUUAUCAUCUUCCUCAUCGACUACCUCUGCAAAACUCCUAAACUCUAACAAUGGUUCCUCCAUUUCUUCAUCCUCUUGCUCUUCUCCUAAACCCUUCAGACCCGUUAUGCACAGAAGAGAAGCUGAUAGACUUGAAGAAGAGAGGCUCCGCCAAGUACAAUGGCAAGACGUCACGGUAAAGAUGGUAGUGGAUGCACCAGCGUCCGUGGCUUACAAGUUAUACGCAGAUCGGGAAUUGUUCCCUAAGUGGAUGCCAUUUUUGUCAUCUGUUGAGGCAGUGGAGGGCAGUCCAGAUUUAUCGCGUUAUUUGGUGAAAUUCGAGUCUUUUGGAAAAAAUAUCGAAUAUCAUUUUCUUGCAAAAAAUUUACAGCCAAUUCCGGAUCGAAAGCUGCAUUGGAGAUCUAUCGAAGGUUUUGCAAAUAGAGGUAGUGUUCGAUUUUUCCCUAGAGGCCCUUCCUCCUGCUUAGUAGAGAUUAAUUUUUCAUUUGAAGUUCCACAUGCUUUAGCUCCAGUUGCAUUUUUAAUGAAACCGUUUAUGGAGAAGCUUAUGCGUGGAGGAUUAGAACAUUUUGCUGCCUUCGUGAAGACCUCCUAAGGCAGUAAUCAAAAAUAUUUCAUUUGCCCUUAGUCCAAAUAAAUUAUUUUUAAUUUAGUGUUUUUCGUUCUGGUGGUAACUUGUCCAAACUUGUAAUGUUGUUCUUGUUAAAUGACCGAUAUUUAAAUGUCUAAAGUUAUAUAAAAAAAGAUUAUAACGAUUGUUAUGUGACAAAAAUCUGUAACAAAACAAUUAUUUGUUGAAUAAAAUCUGACUGUUGUAUAUGU